AUGAAAAUACGAAAACACUUCUUACCCCGCACACUACAGGAUGCCGUGGCGACCACCUUCAUGGCCGGCAUCAUACCGAUAACGUUCUGGUUCGAGGUGUACGUAGUUAUACCGGGCAUUCACGGCACGGAUUCGCUGUACAAUUGGGUUCAUUUCGUACCUGCCGUGCUCUUACUGUUCAACGUGACGGCACACAUGCUUGCAACCGUCCUGUGUGACACCAGUUGCUCCACGGAGAUAAUCCAACUACCCGCGAACGUAUCCAACGCCGCCACGUCUGGUUUGGGGUCGAAAUCGUGGCAUCUUUGUGCAACGUGUGAGUUUAUCGCACCACCCCGUUCCUGGCAUUGUGUCAGCUGUCGGACGUGUAUUCUGAAGCGCGAUCAUCACUGCGUCUUUACCGGAUGCUGCAUAGGGCACAAAAAUCACCGAUACUUCAUCCUGUUCGUGGCGUACCUGUUCAUAUCUACGCUGUACGCGAGUGUGCUGAACAACUACUUCAUCUGGUUUAUACGGGGCGAAGAGUUCCGUAACUGGACAUCGUUUGUAAAGAUCGUGUUCCCGCUCGCCAUGCUGCUCAUCGACACAUCGACAAAACAGUAUUAUCUGGUGAUAUAUCUCAUCAAUAUGGUAGGUGUAAUGUUCACCGGCGUGCUGCUAAUCUACCACGGAAGACUUAUUCUCAGCGGUGCGGUUGUGCACGAGCGAAAGGCACCCGAGUACGAUAUGGGUCGGACGGAGAACGUACGAAUGGUGCUUGGACAACGGUGGUACAUUGCGUGGCUAUCGCCAUUCGUGAAGAGUGAGCUACCACACAACGGAGUCAACUGGGAGUCGCUCCAAAAGCAAACGAUCAAAAGUAAGUGA